UGGAUUCAGUCUCCUAUUUGGAAUACACGCUUUUUUAAUGCUGGUUGUGUGUCUUGAUGUUAUGUUGGGCUUGGCUCUUUGACUCUCCUUGUUGCAUUCCUCUUUUUAUUAACUGUGGGAACCCUCUUCCUACUUCUUAGCAGUACUCCUUCCGUCUCAAAUUAUCUGUCGUCAUUUUUAAAAAUUGUCGUCUCAUAUUAUUUAUUAUUUUAGAAGUUUAAUAUGAAAUUAAUUACUCCCCCGUUUCAAUUUAUUUGUCUUACUUUUUUUCUUUCUUUUUUAGUCCAUUUAAAAAAGAAUGACUCUUUCCCUUUUUGAUAACUUUUGAUUCCACCUUUCCACAUGACAUAUUUAAGAUCACUACAUUAAAAGGCAUUUUCGUAUAUUAUACAUAUCUUUAGUUUAAGACUAAAAGAUUUGAAAGUCUUCUUUACUUUCUUAAACUUCGUGCCAAAUCAAAAUCAGACAAAUAAAUUGAAACGGAGGGAGUAUUUUUUUGUUUCACCCUUGACAGUAAUUAUCCUUGAAGACUACAAACACUUUAAUUAUGGGGUGGUGACACAUAAAUAGAGAGUACAUAUUCAAUAAAGAGAGAUUAUAUCUCAAGGUAUAAAUAAAGGUAAAAUAAUCAAAAACCCCUCCUAAGUAAUGUUUUCUUAAGGGAUGUGUUAAAGAGAAACACAACAUAUAAUUUGAGACGGAGGGAGUAUGUUUCAACUUUUGUUAUUCGAUUGCUGAAGAUUUGACUUGUAUUGGUAUGUAGUUAUUUUUGCCUACAUAUGAAUGUACUUGAAAACUGUCAAGUAAGAUUGUAUAGUUGGAUUACUGGAUUUGGAUAAAUAAGUGAAGAAUCCUUACAUUUUGAGGUAAUUUGGCUUCAAAUAAUUUUUUGAUUUUGUAGUACCCUGAGUAAGUGAUAAACUGUAGGAUUCCAGGAUCAUAUGACUAGUGAAUGAUCUGCCUUAGGGUGUAUCAUCUUCUUCUAGUAGAUGCAAAGAUACAAAUAUUCCAUUUUCCUGGAGAGAUAAACUGGAAACUCAAAAGUACCGUAGACAAACUAGACAUUGGUUUUGUCGGCACUUGGCAGUUUAUUAGACUGUUCAUUAAUGCAUGUCUGACCUUCUUGUUGCCCAGUACGAUAAUAAAAAAGUUAAACUAGAAACUUGAUGUUUUUUUUUAGAAACUUUAAUAUUCUGUAAUAUAAUUAUCAAUUUUGAAAUCUAAGUCUUCUGAUCAAUCCCUUGGUUAAUGGUUAGAAGGGGAAAUGAUUUACCUUGUUAGAUAUUGGACAUGAAUUUAAUAUACGGUUAAGUAUGACGUAAAAAGGCAUUCUCAUUGUUGUGAAUGAAAGUAAAGGACAAACCUUUAAGUUAUAGAUUGCAUACACGUAAAGGACAAACCUUUAAGUUAUAGGUUGCAUACACGUUUGACUUUCAGCUCUUACAAUUCUAGGUCAGUAGAUGAUCCAGUAGCUAAGUUUACAUUCUGCCAUCUUGUAGUUUGCUGAAUCCAAAUUAUUUCAUGCUCGAAAAUAUUUAUGAGGCUUGUGCUAGCCUUAUAAUCUUUUUGCAUGCCAGCUGCAUGUAUAAAAUUUUAUUUUGCUUCAUUUAGUUCUGGAGCUCAUUUUGGCCCCUCGGGGCUUUGGUCUAGUGGUAAGAGCGCAACAUGCGACGUGUGAGUUAGGCGCACAUCACGAGUUUGAGCCUUACAACGGACAAGAGCCUGGUAUAUAAGAUGAGAAGGGUAAGAGGUAUCACGCGUCACUGGCUCUUAGGGAUUUCUCAAUUAUCGAAAACAAGUUAUGGAACCCAUUUGGUCAUUACUUUUUCUUUUCUUUUAAGUAACUCAUUUGGUCAUUACUUUUUCUUUUCUUUUAAGUAACUCAUUUGGUCAUUACAGAAAAACUAUUUAUCAUUAUGUUAUGGUUUUGCCUGUGAAUCAACUUUGAACUUUUCAUGGUAGUUUGGAGUCAGAAGAACCGCUACCUCUCUCUCUUCCUCCCGUUUUUGUCCAGUCUGUAAAACUGCUACUUUCAACAUAGCAUCCAGCUGUUUGCGUUGUUACUCAAUUCAAUUUCAUUUAAUCCUAUGAAUUAUUAUAUUCUUUAGUCACAUGAAAAUAGUAGAAGUUUUUGCAAAGAUCUAAUGCGCAGCAGCUUCUUUUUGUCCUUCAGGUUUCUAGCAGAGACUUGGUUUGUUUCCGUUGAACAUCAAAUGGAGGAAAUAGGCUUAGUACCCCUGGUGAAGAUACAAGCAAGUAUCUAACAAAAAAGGAAAAGAGAAAAGCUGAAGAUGAAGGAGUCAUAGAUAGCAAUGGAGAUUGUUGGCUUUGCUUAGAGUAACCAUCAAUACUUAUGCGGCUCUUUCAAUUCAUCCCUCAGAGGUCGAAAGUGCUAUGGCAGAACUACUUCUUUUAUUUUCCACUGUAUUCACUUUGUAAUACAUAAUGCCUUUCUGAUGAUGAAAGAAAUAUCAAAGGCUAUUAUGACUUGUGUAUGUCGCAUAAAGGUUAUGCCAUUGAAAAAGAAAUUAGAAAAGAACUAAAUCUUUUCUUGAAUUGUUUUUUGAGGAUAUAAUUUUGUCAAAUUGUCGUGUUUGAGUUAUCUUUGUUUACAUAGCACUAAACUCUCUUUUCAUCUUGUGCAUGAUCUUUUUUUUUUUUUUUUUGGUUGCUUCAUACUUAUCGUAUAAUUAAUUUUAAUAUUGUACAUUAACUUUACGAAUUAGAUUAGCUAUCCAACCAUGUGGAUCAUAGUUAAAAAAAACUUUCUCAAUGAAAUUUGCUAAAGCAAAAGGGAAAUGUGAAAAUUGAAAUUUUUUUUAAAAAAAAUCCAUGGUUUUAAAGUUACAAAAGGAACGCGUAAGAUCAAAAAAUGACAUUCAGUUACCGCGUUUUCAGCCAAAUAAUUCAAAUACUCUCUCAUGGACACAUGUAUAACGCACGUGUCCAGAAAUUAGUUAAUAUAAAUAUAUUUCCUGGUUUGAUUCUAAUAUAUAAAUUUAUUGUACUACAUGUGUAUGUGCAUGUGAGUUUAGUUUGAGUUUGAACUCAGAGUUCAAGGUUUUUUAAUUCACUUGUUACUCUAUUGAGUCGUGCUUGAACUUGUCUAUAUAUGUUCGAAUAGAGCUCUACUCCAGUUUGCAGCUAGUUUGAUAUUUGAGCUUGAGUUUGAACUCAAUUUUAUAAUACUUGAGCUGAGCUCAAACUGAGCCCCACUUGAUCAAACUACACCUGUGAUAUCUAUCACUGACUCCCAAUCCCUUAGUGAUUAUGCCAAUGGCUACUAAGGAUUGAUUACCUUUAGUAAAAUCCUUACAACUAAGAUUAUGUGUGACACACUUCCCCAUUUCGGUAAAGAUGCAUGUUGCAGGUUGAAGUAAGAAAUGGAUGAACAUAUGGCAGCUUAGGAAUAAGAUCCGCCAAAGCAAGUAUGCGACGGAGGCAUUCAAUAAAGUUCUUGAUACAGUGCACUUUCCCUUCACAUCUUUUUUAUCUUUUGGUUUGAAGAUGAUACUCUGUAUGUGCAAUUAAUUUCCAUUGACUUGCUGACCAAGCUUUAAUUACUGUGGUUUCUUAGUUCUAUUUCCAGCUCCAUUUUGAAGUUCGAUUCAUUAUCAGUUGGAAGUUGUCACAGCAAAAGACACUGGGCAAACUAACAUGGAAGGAAGGAACAACAGAUCUCUCCAACAAGCAUCUCAUCAAGGAUGGCCAUCUGUUGUGCUGGCUAUAGGAGGAGUUAUGAAAAUUUGUGGCAAGCAAUCUGCAGUGCAGAGUGGCAAAAAGAGGAAAUUGAGUUCUCUGGCAUCUGUUGGGAAAGAGAAAGUUACUGUUGCAAAGGACAAUACUAAACGUGGAGAUGCUGGUCUGGUUAGUGCAAAUUUUUUAAUCGAUGCAUUGAAGAAAAGAGCUGAACAGAUAGGCAUCUCUUUUAAAGAGAUCCGUGACCUUCACACAGAGAGCAAGCUCCUAUGUUGCCACUUUAAUUCACAAGGAGAGUUGUUGGCUACUGCUGGACACAACAGGAAGCACGUUACAGAUGUCCGUUUUAGACCAAAUUCAAUGGUGUUUGCAACAUCUUCCUUUGAGAGAACUGUGAAGAUAUGGAAUGCAGCUAAGCCAAGGAACCCUUUCCUAAACCUUGUCGGGCAUGAUGAGCAUAUUAUGUCGAUAGAUUUUUAUCCAUCAACGGCGGGUCUCCUCAGUUCUUGUGAUAGCAAUGGUGAUAUUAGACUGUGGGAUGUCAGUAGAGGUGAUUACGAACUCAUUCUAAGUACGAGUGUGGAGGAAGAUCAAGGUCUCCAAAUCCAUUCUCGAUCAAAGGCCUGCCAAGAGAAAGACUUGAACUGGUCAUUCUUGAUUACAUGGCUAAAAGAGGUCUCAAUCAGACGGGUGAGGUGUUUGGCAGAGAAAUUAUUACUAAUCCAGAUCCUGUUGGUUGCGCAAACAGUGGAAAACAUUGUGCCUAAUAUCAAUCCUGAAAAUUCAACUUAUGCUCCUAAUCAUACGGGAGCAAAAAUCUCUAAUGUGAUGCCUGUGAUGCCGUCACCUCAUUUGAUGGCAUCUUCUCGUGUGAUGGAAUCCAUCGGUCCUGAUCUUAUGGGUGAAAUGUGUGGCAUGCUUCCAUUUGCAAGAAAUUCUGCUAUCAAAUGGAGCAAAUGCCAAGUUGGAGUUGAAUCUACUACCAACCCCAAAAAGAGACUGAAUGUUAUGGAUGCAUAUGAAGCAACAAAAAUUGUUUUCCAAAGGAUUCAAAAUUUAGAUCCUGAAAAUGCCUCCAAAAUCAUGGGGAUUCUUCUGAUACAAGACCAUGAUGUAGAGUGGAAGAUCUGCUACCAAAUUUAUCUCGCAGGCAAGCAAAUGAUUGUCGCUGAGUCAGAAAAUGCUUUACGCAAAUAUGUUCCAGAUGGUGAAUCUGAAAUUCAGGUGAGGGAUGUUUGUUGUGCUGUAACUGUUGUGCGACGGGAAGCGGAGAUGCCUCAUUCACCCUCAGCUACUGGAAAAGGAUCCAAUCAAGCUAUGGAAGAGUCUUUUCAUGACUCACUUAUUAGGAAAAAAUCAUUGGCAAAGACAAUGUCAAAGUAUUAUUUCUGGAUAGGCUUCAUUGACAAGCUUAAACUGAAUAGCUUAUAUACUGACAUUUUAGCUGUGUCGCUAGCUAAUUGAUGCAAGAAUGCAGCUGGUGUGUCGAUGAAGAAUGGAGCUAGUGUGUCAAUGACAUGGCUCAAGCUUAGUUAGUUAGCUUUUCCAAAAAGUAGUUAGUCAGUUCCAAAAGUUAGUUACAAGUUCCACUAGUUAGUUACAGUUUUGCCACAUCCAGUUCAUUCAUUGUAAUUAGAUUAGUUGGAGAUUAGCUCAUGUAAGAGAUUCAUAUAUUCCAUGUAAAGUGUACAAUUGAUUCAUUCAUGAUCAUAAAAAAUAUCUUCUCUCUCUCUA